AUGGCAAAUGCAACCAGACGAUCGAAGGAAACCGUAAAGGAGUAUUGUUUCCGGAUUUCAGCACUUGGAGUACGGUUCAAGCUUAGUGAAGCAGCAGUCAUUCGAUAUGUUCGAGCAGGUCUACAGCACAGAGAGUUGCAAAACAGUAUUGCAGCCAUUCAUUUUUCGUCGAUGAAGAAGUUUCGAGAUGCUGCUGAGUCAUAUUUUCUAAACAGAGGUCGACCGAUUGCAAAUAAGAAAGAGUACGUACCCAAAUCCAGUUAUUUUGAGGGAAAGCUGGAGAACGAGAUGAAGCAACCGAAGCCAAAAGAAGCUAAAGCAUGCUACAAUUGCGGAGAUCUUGGGCAUUUUGCUAAUUCGUGCCCAAAGGAGAGAAAGAAGACGCGCUGUUCCAAAUGUAAUACAUUUCAUGCCACCAAUGAAAGCUGCAACGUCGCACAGGUGAUGCGUUUGGGUGCAUCAAAUCAAGACAAGCUGUUCACAAGAAAAGUAUACCUCAACGAGCAAGGGUAUAACGCAUUCAUUGACACUGGAAGCCAAACGAGUAUCAUUCGCCAAUCAGUUGCUGACGAGAUCGACCCAGAUCGCCAGACUUGUUCUAUAAAAAUUGUGGGCAUUUGUGGAGGCUCACGAAUCCUUACUGAAGCCAUAGUUAUGGACAUCACUAUUGCUGGAAAAGUCGUAACAGCCAAAGUCUACAUCGCAGAAGACAACUUACUACAGAAAGACUUAUUAUUGGGACAAGAUGUGAUCACCUGCGCUGAAUUAUUGUUGAAGUUCGAGCCAUGCGAGUCAGAAGUCAAGAGAGCCAUCGAUUCCGAAAGAGAGCAAGUUCGUAGUCUGUUGGAGAAGUUUGCUGACGUUUUCUCCACAGGAUUGCAAGGCAUAGGCAAGACAAACAUCGUCCAGGCAAAAAUUGUUGUUGAGGGUAACCAAGUAGUUUCCCAAGCCCCAUAUCGAGUCUCCGAGCCAAUGAAGGAAGUUGUCGGCAAAAUGGUUGACGAACUUUUGAAGCUAGACAUUAUCACUCCAUCUACAUCAGAGUACGCUAGCCCGGUGGUGCUUAUCAAGAAACCGAACGGAAGUGAUCGACUUUGCAUCGAUUACCGUCGUCUGAACAAGCUGAUCAAGAAGGAAAACUUUCCAGUACCAAACAUUGAAGAGAGGCUGCAGGAAGCGAAGCGCUUCAAAUACUUUUCGUCGUUAGAUUUGAAUAGCGGCUAUUAUCAGAUCGAAAAGGAACCCGAGAGCAGAAAAUUCACUGCGUUUAUCACCACAGAUGGAAUGUACGAGUUCAAACGUCUUCCGUUUGGGCUGAAGAAUGCACCGGCUGUAUUCAAUAGACUCAUUGCAGAGCUGCAGAGGCGUGUGCAGAAAGGCGACAUGAUGCACUACAUGGAUGACAUCCUAAUUGGCAGCCAAACAUUUGACGAGAUGUACGAGAAGCUAGAGAGAGUUCUACGAGUAUUGCGAGAAUGCGGAUUAACUUUGAAUGUCGACAAAUUUCAGAAGUGGGAUAAUUCGAGUUGGCUAUGGUUAAGAGGCAGUAACAGUGAGUGGGACACGGAAAAGCAGCAGCAGCAGAGUCGUCGGCGUGGGAAGUUUGUAAUAGGUGUUCCCAAAGGUCUAGAGGACAACAGAUUACAAAUAGGGGAUAGCGAUCCUUUCCUACGUGGCUGA